CAUUACUGUAGUUGGACACAAAUCAAAGAGAAGUGAAGGAUGUGCUAGAUUUGGCAAAAAGGUAUAACUCUGCCAGGCCGAGGUUCCAUAUGUAGUAAGUUAUUGCCACAAUAUUUUGGACAUUUCAGUGGUACCCUCCAUUGGAUUAUAAUUCAGCUUUGCCUUGGGAAUUUUAAUGGGCUCUGCCACAAGUUCAAAUUGAUACUCCCUAAAAUUCUCACAAUCUAAUUUUCUGUCAACAGCAUUUUUUCUCCAGCUUGCUCUGAACUGAAUCAAAAGCAACCAUGGAGAGGAACAGCUUGAGCAACAGUUUGAAAGAUGGCAGUUUUGGCACUAGAGCCAUUAAAGACCCCAUCAACAUGAACAUGAAUAACAACGUGCCUAAAGAUUCGGUGAACUGUGGUAGCCAAAGCUACGGAGAUCAUUAUGUUAAUGGGUUUUCAUGGCCUCCGAGAUCUUAUACAUGUAGCUUCUGCAAAAGAGAAUUCAAAUCUGCUCAAGCUCUGGGUGGCCAUAUGAACGUCCAUAGGAGAGACAGAGCCAGGCUGAGGCAGUCACCCCCAAGGGACGGUCAGCAUCCUUUUCUUAAUCUUAACCCUAACCCAAACCCUAAGUUCUCAUCCUCAUCAUCAUCAAGAAGGCAGCUUACACCAUUCUCUGUCCCUUUACCUUCUUUAGUUUCUCCUCCUCGUUCGUCAUUAACUUUACCAUAUUCUGCUUCUCUGAGUGAAGGGAAAAAAUGGGGUACUCUAUUUGCAGGUAGCCUAUUUGACUCUUCUAGUCCAAAAGGCAUGGCCUUAACUAAUACGAAGAGUGAAAAAUCAUAUAGUGGUGGCGAAGAAUUUGAUGGGUCCAAGAAAGGGGGCGGGUGCAAGAUUUUCAAGAAGCCUGAUCAGAUUGUCAGAUUAGACUUGGAGAUCGGUCUCCUCAGUGACUCAAAGGAGGAUAUAGAUUUGGAACUUCGAUUGGGAUGCUCUUAGAUGGAUCAAUGAACAUUCUCAGAAUCGGUUUUUUUUUUUUUGUUUCCCUUGACUAAUUGCACCAAUUCACUAUCUGAGAUUCUGAGAAGACCAAAUAGCGAUCGAGAUCAUGUAAUAUGCAUAAUAUUUUUUAUCUGAACAACGUUUUUUCCAAUGUAUUUGGCAUCAUCAUGUAUUUCCUAUUUUAUACAUGGGCGCUUAUAUGUAUUGCCAAUAAUUGGCUGAUGAAAUACUACUACUACUACAUGUUCUUUUGAACUUAUUUUCAAUUCAAUGAUUUCUUACGUAUAUAAAUAUGGCUAAGAGAUUGAA